GUCGAGAGUGUAAUAUCGUCUCCAGAGCUGGCAAAUCUGACCCCGGGUUUCCUCGAUGGCUGUCUCCACAUGUUUUUCAGCAAGCUGAUACCGAUAUUUCCCGUUCUUCAUCGAGCAACAUUUGUAUUCAAAGACUUCCAAGCCCCGAUACUUCUCAAUGCCAUUGCAUUGGGAUCGUUGUUUCUUGGUAGUCCGGAUGCCAUAUCUAAGGGUCAAGCAUUCUGGAAACUUGCGCACACAGCCAUUGCCACGUCUUGGCCUGGUAUUUUAUGCCAGAGAGGGGAAUAUGACAAGUGUAGUGGAGUCCAGUUGGUCUUCACUUCAUUCCUGGGCCAAUUAUACGCCGCCCUCUCUCGAGUUAGAUCAACUUCUGGUCAGUUCCUGCACCAAGAAAGCUAA